AUGACAACUUCGUCUCUAGAUUGGGAUAGCUUGUCCUACAAACUCCAACCUUGGAUACUGGAAGGCAUUUCAUCCUUGGGUUAUGAUAGCAUGACACCUGUCCAAGCUUCGACUAUCCCUCUUUUUUGCAAACACAAAGAUGUUGUAGUAGAAGCAGUUACGGGGUCAGGAAAAACGAUGGCUUAUAUCAUUCCAGUUUUGGAAAAAAUUGCCCAAUAUUAUGCUCAGGACCUUCCUUUACUUAGAGGUGAUGUGCUGGCUAUGAUCUUACUACCAACAAGAGAGCUGGCCAGUCAAGUUCAGCGAAAUUUUGACCAACUCUUGAAAUUUCAGCCGGACGACAAUAAGAUCACAACUCAACUAUUGGUCGGUGCCGUUGGUUCUGUGAGAGAAGAUGUCUAUAGCUUUUUACAGAAUAGGCCACAGAUAUUAAUUGGAACUGUGGGCAGGAUGUUGGAGUUCCUAGGCUCGUCCAAUGUUAAACCAAAAUCUUUGCAAGUGUUAGUCUUGGAUGAAGCCGACAGGCUACUGGACUUGGGUUUUUCACACGACGUCCUAACUAUUAUCGAAAAGCUUCCAAGACAAAGAAGAACAGGGUUAUUUUCUGCUACAAUCAGCAGUGCUGGCUCCGAUAUUUUCAAGACAGGAUUGGCCAAUCCUGUAAGAAUUGUUGUGAAGAAUAAUAACAGUGAUGGUUCAAAGAAUGCUGUUCCAGACUCAUUGGGUAUUUCCUACAUUUCUCUAACAACAGACAAAAAAAUAAAAACUCUAUUGGAGUUGCUAUUCAAAUAUCACUACAAAAAGGCAAUUGUUUAUCUACCAACUUGUGUUGGAGUUCAAUAUUUUUACUUACUACUGCAAGCUUUGAUAAAUAAUUUAGACUUACCAAUCUCGUCCGAAGAUUUGAAUUUGUUUUCCAUUCAUGGUAAGUUAGAAACUGCAGCUAGAUUGAAGGCCUUAAAUGGGUUCGCUGACAGUUUUGCCUCCAAAUCUGUAUUACUGACUACAGACGUUGCAGCUAGAGGCCUUGACAUUCCUGAAGUAGAUUUGGUGAUCCAGUUAGAUCCUCCAACGGAUCCUGACAUGUUUCUUCAUCGUUCUGGUCGUACUGGAAGGGCAAACAAGGUUGGUAAAGCCAUAGUUAUGCUUAACGAGGGAAGAGAAUUGGACUAUAUCGAUUUUAUGAAGGUAAGAAAUGUCCAUAUUAGUGAGCUUAAAUUCAAUGGCGAUCUAGAGCUAGAUGAAAUAUCUCAAGCCAUGCACAGUUGGUUGCUCGAUGAUAGAGCUAGAUACGAUCUAGCAGUACGAGCAAUGGUGGCCUUCGUAAAGUCCUAUUCAAAACACACAGCAAGUUCAAUAUUCAGGUUACAAGGGCUUGAUUACAUCAAACUUUGCAGGAUGUAUGGACUAUUUCGAGUCCCCAAGAUGCCUGAAACAAAGUUCAUAACGAAGGAGAAAUAUGAGGAGGAAAAUGUUGAUGAAGAGGGGUGGAUAAUCAAAGUUGAUAUGGAUAGUUAUAAGUAUUCUCAUCCUGAUAAAGAAGAGAAACGUUUAGAAGAGCUGAGAACGCAUAAGAAGCUCAAAGAAAGUAAGUUAAGGGCUGCUAAGAGAAGAGAGCAGAAGGCAAAGAAUGCCUCUUGGAGUCUUCAAACUAAGCAGAAAGAAAUAAAACAGGAACGGAGAUCUAUCACUGAACAGCGGCAAUUGGCUAAAGAACGAGAACGAAUUGCAAACUACAAUUCUGACGAUGAAGAGAAUGAAGUUGAUUGGAAGGAUGCGAUUAGGGAGCAGAAACGUCGGAAAACAACAUCCACUGCGGUGCAGGGUUCUUUUGAUGAUCUAUAG